CCACCCCUACAAAACUGUUCCGCAGAUCGACUUGCACUAUCAGUUUCAUUCAGCACCUCCAACACAAUGGUGAUCGCGAUCGUACUGGCAGCUGCAGCGAUCAUCGCCGCCGCUAACGGUAACGAGUUCCGACUGCCCCGGAACGUACUUCCGACGCAUUACGAUGUUCGGUUGAGGACAGAAGUGCACCAAGGUGCAGAGGAUCUUCGAGGGACGGUUGGGAUCGCGGUGAACGUGGUGGAACCGACCGGGAAGAUCGUGCUGCAUUCGCUGGGGAUCGAGGUACGGAACGUGAGUUUGAGCGAUUUGGAUGGGAAUGAUCGUGGGGUUUUACGAGUGAAUCUUGACAAAAGCAACCAGCAGUUGGUCCUCACGAAGGACGAUGAUCUUGAAGUUGGAAGCUACCUCCUUCGGAUCGAUUUCGCAGCGAAUAAUUGUGUCGGAUGUGUUGUCAGACAGUACGAGGAUGAGGAAGGAGUUCAGAGGAACUUUCUUGCAACGCAGUUUGAACCGACGUACGCAAGGUCGGCUUUCCCUUGCUUCGAUGAACCGGGUAUGAAGGCUACCUUCUCGUUGGAGAUGGUCCACCACAAGUCGCGAUCGGUGGAUUCGAAUAUGCCGCUGAUUGAUACCGCAAAACCGUUGGAAGGGGACUACGUAGUGUCCCGAUUUGAGAGGACUCCAAAGAUGUCCACGUAUCUGCUGGCAUUCACCGUUACAGAGGGUUACAGAUCGUCCGGAAGCGGGAAUCACACCACGAAAGCUAGAGGAUCCGAACUCAGCAAGACGCUGUAUCCGCUGGAAGUUGCAGCAGAGAUUUUGGGAGCUCUGGACCAACACACGGGGCUACCAUACCAGGAUUACCUGCCCAAGCUGACCCACCUGGAAGUUCCGAUACCGUCCAAUUGGUGGCGAGCGAAGGAAAACUGGGGUCUUGUGGUGUACUGCGAGGACAGUCUGCUGCACGAUCCCAAGACGAAUGAUCUUGACCAUCAGAUGAUCACCCUGCAGACGAUCAGCCACGAGAUGGCGCACAUGUGGUUCGGUAACCUGGUGACGCACGAGUGGUGGGACUACGUCUGGCUCAAGGAAGGGUUCGCAACGCUGUACAUGUACUACGCGCUGCAUCUCGCGCGGCCCUCCGAACGCUGGAUGGAGUGGUUCAAUCUGGAAGCGAUUCCAAAGGGAAUGAGGCAACGAUAUCAUGGACCCGAUGCGAUAACGCGCGAGUGCAAGACACCUUGGGACAUUCGGGAUAACUACCGUCCGGCGAUAUUCGAGCGGGCUGCCAGCGUGCUAAACAUGUUUCGCCAGAUUGUGGGAGAUUCCAGCUGGCAGCAGGUUAUGCGGAAUUUCCUGAAGAACCACCAACUGGAUGCGGUUGUUCCGAACGAUCUGUAUCAAGAGUUGGAGAAGGUUACCGAAGGAUCCAACCUACUCCCAAGAAACACGUCAAUCGAGCAAAUCAUGAACACCUGGACAGCGAACUCCGGCUUGCCAGUGUUGAAAGUAGAACGUAACUACAAUGAUAGUACUAUCACCGUAACACAACACUUACUGAACCGCGGCAAGUCACAACAGUGGAUCAUUCCGUACAACUACGCGCAAGAGUCCGAAGCAAACUUUUACGAAGUCGGUCCUAUUCAUUGGCUCGCAGAGCCAAGCACGGUAAUCCCAACAAACGCAACCUCCAACCAGUGGAUCCUAUUCAGCAAGCGUCACUUUGGACUGUACCGGAUCAACUACGACGAGAAAAACUGGAAGCUGCUCGCACAGGCACUUCGAUCAAACAUCUCCAGCAUACCUCGAGAGAAUCGUGCCCAGCUGUUUGCGGAUGCACUGCACUUCCACGAACAAAAUCAACUCGACAAGAGCGUCCUGUUCGACUUGCUGACCUUCCUGCCGAAUGAAACGGAAUCGCUCGUGUGGUAUGCUGCCCUUCCGGUUAUCAACCCGUCCAAGCAAGAUUUGAGAACGUUCAAGUAUCAGGACAACUUCAAGACCUUCCUGAACCACCUCACCUCACGCUUCUACGCCAACAUUCAGCAAGCUCCGCCCACAUCCCUGUACGACGAAUCCGUCCGCAAAGCGGUCACCUUCCUGGCCUGCCAAGCCGGCAAUCCGGACUGUCUCGCCACCUCGUACAACACCUUCCGGGAACGCUUCCUCGCGAACAGUACCGACCUUCCUCCGGACGAUACGGUCACCGUGUUCUGCUUCGGAGCACAGCAAGCCAGCGAUGCGGAGUUCCAGUGGUUGCUGGAACAGCAGCAACAAGGGUCCGCUGGUGACGAGCGUCGCCAGAGUCAGCUGAUGCGGUCUCUGCUGUGCACAAAGCAACCAGCGAGACUUCGGACCGUGAUCGAGCGGAUCAACGAGGAGCGGGAAUAUUAUGCCGAGCUUGGUGAAGGAUUGAAAACGGAACUUGGUGAGGAGCAGUUCUGGGUGUUGGUGGAGCUGCUGCAGGAUGCCACCUUCAUCGAUCAACUUAGUGUUGAGGUUCUUUGGCGGAUUAUGGGAGCGAUGAACUCCAGGAAGCAGUCCCAGGAGGCGGAGAAGGCGAUGAAGGAGUUGAGGGAAAAGUUUCGCAGUAGGCGCUGGGAGGGUAGGUCAGGGUAUUGGUAUGUGACUCCUGGAAGGAGCCAGACGAUCCCAACAAUUUCGACUAGAAACUUGACGAGUGUGUAAUGGAAUCAUUUUUUUUUCAACCCUGUUCAUCUUAAUAAAAUAAACAACGAAAA